UUCAGACGUCGUAGAAUAACUGUAACACACUGUAACAUUUUUCUCAGUUAUUCUGCUCCGUGAAGUGUCGAAAAUUAUUGGCAUAUUUUUAGAAAUUAAAAAGAACUUUGCGGUCGUGCAUCCAGCAUGGGGGAUGUGACAAUGUCAGUGAAAUCCAUUACCCUGGAUCUGCUGAGAGAUGCCAGAGAGACUGUGAGGACCAGUCCACUGAGAGUCAUCAACACACCCAUGAUCCCAUGGUGCCAAACAACACUACCGCUCAACAUCCCCUGUAAUAUUCACAUCAAACUGGAGAACAUGCAGAGAACUGGUUCAUUUAAGAUAAGAGGAGUGGCAAACCAGUUCGCCAGGAGACCAAAAGGUGGCAAUUUUGUCACCAUGUCUGCAGGGAACUAUGGGAAGUCAUUUGCAUAUGCCUCUAAACACUAUGGUUCCAAAGGGAAAGUGUUGAUGCCAGAAACAGCCCCCAUAUCCAGAGCAACACUCAUACAAAGCUUUGGAUGUGAUGUGGAACGGGUGCCGAUGACCUGUCUGAUGAACGUGGUGAAUCGUUGUGUCCAGGAAAGCAACAUGACAUUCCUCCACCCAUACGAUGACUCGGAUUUAAUCGCAGGACAUGCAAGUCUGGGUUUUGAGGUACUGGAGCUGAUGCCUCAGCCUGAUGUGGUGGUAAUAUGCUGUGGAGGAGGCGGUCUGCUUGCUGGAGUAGCUGCUGCCAUUAAACUGUCUGGGUGUGAGAAGACCAGGAUCUAUGGAGUAGAGCCAGAAGGAGCCUGCACCAUGUACAAAAGUUUCAUUGAGAAGAAACCUGUUGGCAUGGACAGCAAAAGCAUUGCAUCUGGACUGGCUCCACCUUUCGCAGGCACCUUGCCCUAUGAGUUGUGCCAACGUUAUGUUCAGGACAUUGUUCUGGUGAAUGAUGAGGAGAUCAAGGCUGCGGUGUCAACCCUGUACGGUGCGGGGCUCCUGGUGGAGCCGUCCGGGUGCGCAGCGUUCGCCGCCAUCGCUAACGACCGAAUCCCUGACAUCGCUGGGAGGAAUGUGGUGGUUAUCCUGAGUGGUGGAAAUAUUGGCCAAGACGAGCUCACGAACUUCCUUGAUUAAAUGGUUUGAACAGUGAGAGACAGAAUAACAAAAAAAACAACAGAAAAACGCAUGUCAAAAAUUUUAU